AUGAGAAGCAGUAUAGCAAGUAUUCGUUCUUUAACCCGUAACACUUGUUCAUGCAUGGGCUGUCAAUCGGGUUCAAACUGCUCACCAAAUAUCGAUGUGGGUUUCACAACAGCAUUUUCAUGUUCGUCAUCGGCUUGUACAGAAUCAUGUCACAAGAAAUAUCCUUCACUCUGUCCAUCUUCAUUUUAUCUGGGUCAAACUAAUGGUACAUGUAUAAGUCAAAGUAAUGUAAAUACACGUUGUCAAUGUCGGUGUUGUAACAUGAAUGGAUGUCGAAAUUAUAUAGCUAAUACGAACAAAGAUUGUACAUCAUGUUAUGCAUCAUGUCAACAACAAUCACUUUGCGGCAUUAUAAAUACUGUAACAUACCGUUGUAAUCCAAAUCAAUCAAAAAUAUCGAUGGAAUUUUCUCUUCUACUGAUAUAUUUUCAUGUUAAUAAUUGUUUUAUAAUAUACGCAGAUUUUGAAUUAUUGAAUCGCGUACAACACUUGCGAUAUUUCAAUUGUAAAUAUUAG